GUCAAAUUUUGUGGUUUAGCCGCGUAGCCGGUCUAGUCAUUAAUUUUUAGCGCGAAACACAUAGUUAAGAUAAUUAUUAUGCAGCACGCGAAGACCGAAGAAGCCCAAGCCAAGCGUCAUGCAAGCGUCUUCAUAAUUAUCUGAAGGUAUUUAAGAAAAAUAUGUAUUGAAACUAUUGAAUGCCUAGAGAGAUGGCCUUUAAACUGAUAGAAUUUUUGGGUGAUAAUUUUUUACACAUUUGCUCCUAUGAAGACAUUAGUUCCACCAAAGAAGGUACCAUUAUUGCAAAAUGGAAAAAGAAAUAUUUUGCUGCAAACAUUAUUGCAUCUUCACAUGAUAAGAGUAUUGUGGAAAGUUUGCGAUUCAAUAUAAGCAGAGGUUUACCUGUUGUUCAAUUAUGCAGAAUCAAUCAUGAAAUAUAUAAAUACUCAUCAUCAUCAACAUGUGAUAAAGUAGAAGAUUCCAUCCAAGAAGGAACCAUACCUGAACUUGAAAAUCCUACAAAAAGUAAUUCCAUGCAUUUGGAUGGAGGAGAACCUGUAAUAUGUGAAGUCACAAGUGAAGUCCAAGGUAAUGACACACCAGAACUUGAAAUCCAUGGCAGCUUUUUGGAGGAGGGUUCUGUACCUGUGAUAUGUGGCACUUCAAAUGAACCUAAUGUUGGAUCUACAGAAACCAGUAUCAGCAAUUUGGAGGAACAAUGGCACUCUCCAACCACUUUCUCCAAUAUUGACUUGGAAUAUAUUCUGAAUACAGAUCUCCCCAUCAUCUUUGUUGAUGCACCAAUUACAAUAACAGGUCAAGACACCAGUAAAGACAUUGAACAAAAUCCAUCAUCAGCUGUUGUUUUAUCAGAGUUACAAGGUGAAGUUGAAGACAAUUAUGAUCAACAUAAUUCAUCAUCAGCAACAGUUUUAGCAGACUUUGUUGUUACACUCGAUGUAGAUUCCAAUGAAGGAUAUGUUGCAGAAGAACUGGAAAUGAGUCAAGUUCCAACCAUAACUAGUGUGAUGCCGGUCCGCGCCAGUAAGACGAGAGAAUUACCUGGCACACAUGAAGUUAGUGCAGAAACUCAGAAUAUGUGUAUUGAAGAAAAAGAAGUGACUCGUUUACCAAAAGACUUGGAUGUCUCAGUCUCAAGGAAACAUAAAAAAAAAUAUUAUUGCAAUUAUUGCAACAAAACUGUCACAAAUUUUGGCAGGCAUUUGGUAACAUUACAUAAAAAUCGACAAGAAGUGGUGAUGAUUCUGAAAUAUCCCAAAGGUCAUCCUGAAAGACAAACUAGAAUAUCUUCUAUUAGAGAAGCUGCUCAAUAUGAGUAUAAUACUAACCCAGAUGUUAACAAAGGAAAUAUAAUUGUCAGUAGAAGGCCUUCUGAACAUAAAAAUCGGAAUGCAAACCAUUACAGAGCAUGCCCAAAAUGCAAACAAAUGUUUUCAAAACUUUCUCUUCGAGUGCACUUCUCUAAAUGUUCUCUUCAGAAAGGAGCAAGAGGUGUUCUGCUUGAAAGUAAACAAUCUCAAAUGCAAGUUCAUAAAGAAGCUAGUACCAGAUUGGUCAAAUGUGUAUUGGCUCGUUGCCGUGAUGAUGAAAUCACUAGAGAAAUUUUAUAUGAUGAAUUGUGCAUCAAAUAUGGUAAUAAACUUUGUAAAAAAUAUCAUGGUCAACAGCAUGGUAAUAUGAUGCGCGCAAGACUUAGAGAAAUUGGCAAGUUUAUUCUGGAGGUGAAAAAGAUAAAUAAAAAUAUCAAUGAUCUUAGGGAUAUUCUUCUUCCCCAAAACUAUGAUUUGAUUGUCACUGCUAUCAAUAAAGUUGGCGGUUUCAAUGAAUUGUCUGGAUCAUACAGAGCUCCUUCUACUGCCUACAAUUUAGGAUUGCACAUUAAAACAGUAACAACAUUGCUUCAGUCUGAAUACAUCAAAGAAGGUGCUCCUGAAAAACGCAUGGCAGCAAAUGAUUUGAUCUGUUUGAUGAAUGAAGGCUUCCAAACUGAUAUUAAUAAAACUGUGAGCGAAAAUCAAUGUGAGAAGAGAAGACACAAGAAGGUUCUUCUGCCAACAGCAGAAGAUAUAAAUGCUCUUAAAUUAUUUUUAAAGAAAGGGUUAAAAGAAUCAUAUCAUGCUUUGAGAUCAAAUUUCAGCCAUAAGGCAUGGAAAGAUCUUGCAGGUUAUACUCUAAUUUCUUUGCAAUUAUUCAAUCGGAAGAGAGCUGGUGAACUGGAGAGAAUUUUUAUAGAAGACUAUAGAAGUUAUCAAUUUAUAGAUAUUGAUGACGAUACUUACAAAAAUCUUGAACAACAUCUGAAAGCUUUGGGGAGAAAGUAUGCAAGAUUUUUCAUUAGAGGGAAACUGAACAGGCAAGUUCCUGUAUUGAUAAGUCGAGAAUAUAUAGAUUGUAUUGAUCUAAUCUUGGAAAAUAGAGAACAAUUUGGAGUCCCAAAAAAUAAUCCAUAUGUAUUUGGGAGUGUAGGGAAAACUCAACAUACUUAUUUACGGGCCUGCAAUCUAAUGAGGUAUUACUCAAAGAGUUGUGGCGCCCCUCAUCCAGAAAGAUUACGGGGAACUGAACUGAGGAAACAAAUAGCAACGGCAUGUAAAGUUAAUAAUUUACCAGAACUUCUUGUUGAAGACAUUGCAAAUCAUUUGGGACAUGGUAUGAGCAUCCAUAAAACUAUAUAUAGACAAUCACUUGGAACAGAAGUGCCAGGUGUUGCAGAAAUAUUAUUGAAAGCUAUGGGAGGUAACGAGAGUAGUAGUGGAGAGUCAGAUGUUGAUGAAUCUGAGGAGAAUCCUAUUAUUACUGAUGAUAAUCCUAUUAUUACUAAUGAUAAUCCAAUUAUUACUGAUGAUAAUCCUAUUAUUACUGAUUUGAUUCCACAACAAAAUACCUCACCCACUCCAGGUACUUCCUCUUCACAAGAGGAUCUGCUAGAAUUACCUAAACAGAAACAACUUCCAACAAAAGUUACACAGAAAAGAACUGCUUGGACAGAGCCAGAGAUAAAUGCAGUGAGAAGGAGCUUUGGAGACCACAUUAACAUUGGUAUAGUGCCCACUUAUGAAGAAUGCCAUGAAUGCAAAAAGUAUAAUAGUUCCCUAAAUAAUAGAACUCCUCCACAAAUAAAGUCAUUUGUAGUGAAUCAAACAAAAAAGUUGCGUGCUGCCAAAGCAAAAGGAAAAAAGACUUGGACAUCAUCAGAAAAACGAAUUGUUGAACAAAAUUUUUCAGAGUAUCUUAAGUAUAAAAAACUACCAUCUUUGCCGAAAUGUCAAGAAGUAAUUGCAGUACAUCCUGAUUUGAAAGACAGAACACCAAAAAUGUUGAAAGCAUAUAUUAAUAAUGUAAAUAAGAAAGUUAGUGCAAAUGAAUAGAUUUUCAUCUCUGACAAAAUAAAAGUAUUGCAUAGGCAUUCAAUUUAAAGAUGAAAAUAUAUAUUAUUAUUAUUAGUUUUCAAAAUACAGGUGGUAUCUAUGAAAUUUAAAACUACUAAGAAACAGAAGAGUAAGCAAUUAAAGAUUUAAUAUCUCUUUGACGAAUACAAAUUAAUGAAAUAAUAAAUCCACCAAUUAAAGAUAAAUUUAAAAUAAAAAUAUUAGGAAUAUA